AGGACGGAAGCUCCAGUUGGUGUUUCUCCAGAAGUUUCCCCCUUGGGCGGUGGCCAAGCUGUUAACCUCAGUAGUAGCAGCUCCAGCAGCGGUAACAGUGACUAUUAGGGAUGGCGGCGGCUGCAGCAGGACCUGCAACAGCCCAGAGGUUUUUCCGGAGCUUCUCAGAUGCUCUGAUCGACGAGGACCCCCAGGCGGCGUUAGAGGAGCUGACUAAGGCUUUGGAACAGAAACCAGAUGAUGCACAGUAUUAUUGUCAAAGAGCUUACUGUCACAUUCUUCUUGGGAAUUACUGUGAUGCUGUUGCUGAUGCAAAGAAAUCUCUUGAACUUAAUCCAAGUAAUUCCACUGCUAUGCUGAGAAAAGGGAUAUGUGAAUACCAUGAAAAAAACUAUGCUGCUGCUCUAGAAACUUUUACGGAAGGACAGAAAUUAGAUAAUGCAGAUGCUGAUUUCAUUGUCUGGAUUAAAAGGUGUCAAGAAGCUCAGAAUGGAUCACAGUCCGAAGUGUCUGCAUCCCAGCGGACUCAUCAGUCAAAAAUUAAGUAUGACUGGUAUCAAACAGAAUCUCAAGUAAUCAUUACACUUAUGAUCAAGAAUGUUCAGAAGAAUGAUGUAAAUGUGGAAUUUUCAGAAAAAGAGUUAUCUGCUUCAGUGAAACUUCCUUCUGGAGAGGAUUACAAUUUGAAGCUGAGACUUCUUCAUCCUGUAAUACCAGAACAGAGCACGUUUAAAGUACUUUCAACAAAGAUUGAAAUUAAAAUGAAAAAGCCAGAGGCUAUAAGAUGGGAAAAGCUAGAGGGGCAAGGAGAUGUGCCUAAGCCAAAACAGUUCAUAGCAGAUGUAAAGAACCUAUAUCCAUCGUCAUCUCAUUAUACAAGAAAUUGGGAUAAAUUGGUUGGUGAGAUCAAAGAAGAAGAAAAGAAUGAGAAGUUGGAGGGAGAUGCAGCUUUAAACAAAUUAUUUCAGCAGAUCUAUUCAGAUGGUUCUGAUGAAGUGAAACGUGCCAUGAACAAAUCAUUUAUGGAGUCUGGUGGUACAGUUUUGAGUACCAAUUGGUCUGAUGUAGGUAAAAGGAAAGUUGAAAUCAACCCCCCUGAUGAUAUGGAAUGGAAAAAGUACUAAAUAAAUUAAC